GUGAUCUUCGAUAGCCUCGCUAUGUUCCACGAUCUGCGGAGCCGUCCAUUGACGUUUGACAUGCAAUAUAUUUGCGCAGCCCUUUAUUUGCUCACAACGUCACAGCUGUAUCCUCUGUUCGGCGAUGACUAUUGGUGUCAACCUAGCUACUCCAGAGUACUAGGGGUAUGGCUCGACAAGCUGCAGAUAGGAACUCUCAGCUCUGAGCUCAUAGCGUUUGUUUCUUUUUUAUCGUAGUAAGCGACUUGCGCGACGAUAUAAAGAGGGCUUUUCUCAAGUGUUGAAAGACCAGACUUCAGUCACUCUAUCUGCAUUUCAUCUAAAACCUUUCAUAUUCUUCAGCACACACGACGGCAAAAUGGAGACGGCAUAUGCCCAAAUUAUGAGCAAGUGCACCGAAGGCACCUACUUGUAUACACCGCCCCCUACCAACAUCUUCCAUCCCGGCUCUUGCGGCUUCUUCGACGAGAAUGGAGUGUGGCGAAUCAUUACCGAUCUUACUGAACUCAAGGAAUCCAACCCCAACCAAUACAAAGUCCCUAAGAAGGACCUCGUUCUGACCAAGCCCGCGACGUGCACAUGGGAUAAGAAGGUUGUCGAGAAGAACGAAGGUCGUGGUUUCGGUGCCAAAGCGGAGGUGUCCGGAAUCGCUGCCCAAGCACCCGUGGACGUUGGAGCCAAUUUCGCAGUAGGAAGCACUGCAAAAGCUGGCGCUGGCGUAGUUGUGUCCCCAAACGUGGUGCACAGGAAGUUUAAUAUUGAUGCCCGCAAGAUCGUGGAGGGUUGGAUGAUGGACAACAUGAAGCAGUUAACAGAUGCAUAUAUGGCAUAUAUUCUUCAGUUCGGCGUCUGGGUCAUUACAGCCACAUGGGCCACGGAGAAGUGCAGUAUUACCAUGUGGAACAAGACGGGCAGUAAGAUCAACACCGGUGCCGAAAUCGGGGCGACGAAUAUCGGCAAACUUGGGGUCAACAGUUCACACGAGGUCCAGACUGACAUUGAUGAGCACAGAGUGUUCAACGAGCCUGGCGGACACGCCGUUUCUUUCAGUGGCAUGCUGUUCAGACCAAGCAGAAAAUUUUGGAGCAAUAAAUUGAAGCACAUUCAGCGCCCGAAAGAUGGCUCCCUCCGAGUUGCCGAAGCCAUCUCUAUACCAAUCAAAGAUCAAGACGGAAAUGUUCUCGACAAGAAUGGAAAUAUCAUCAACGAGGACGGACAGCAUAUCGACAAGGAUGGAAAUCUCGUCGACGAAGACGGAGCUCGUAUUGACGGGGAGGGAAAUCUCAUCGACGGGGACGGAAAUCGCAUUCCGGAGUGGUCCACAGAAUUGGUCGGGGAUGAUUGAGCGGAUGCUACGACUUAUUGCAUGCCCUUACUCUGCUUUGCA